AGUUAUUUCUAUUUUUUGCUUCAGCGUGUCAAUAGGAAAUAUGAGUCUACAUUUCCAAACAUUAAUUUUUGCAUUAAUUGUAAUAAUCCAGUGAGAUUUUUGUUUAUACAUUGAGUCUGACAACAGUCGGUCAACUAAGAGAUCUAAUCUCAUCAUAAUCCAGUCUCUCUAAAAAUGACAUGAAGAAAGAGAACAAACUGAGACAGACUAAACCCACAAAAACUGUGGCAACAUCUCCAAGAUGUUUUAAUUAGGCCUGUUUAUUUAUAUGUGAUUUAUGAUUAAACAUCAGAAAACCACGAACAUGCAAAUUUACUUUAGAAUUAUUUCAAUAUUAAUUUGAAAUCUGAAGUAAAUAAUUUAGGUCAAAGGGGUUCGGCUGCCAAAAGCAUUUGAGAAACCCUUGCUAUAAAAUAAUAAAACCAAUAUUAAAAAUAAACAUAAAUAAUAAGUGACAAUUAUGAAACAAAUUAUUCCUUAGUAGCCAGAAUAGCAGACUAUAUAAAACCAUUGCUAGAAGGAAAAAUGCACGUUCAUGCAAAUGGGUUCCAAAUAAACUUCCUGCGGCAGCUUCCAUGUGCGAAACCAGCCCCAAAAGCCCAUUUAAGUGCCUGCAUGCUUAUACAAAGUCAGAGGGCGGAAAUAGGAAGCGUUUCUUUCACUUUCUUUGGUUUCCUGCUACUUUUUUCUUCCCGGAUACCCCGCCCAAAACCCGCGUAACUGUUGACUCAGCCGCUCGCCUCGUCAUCGGCGCUCGAGCCAGCAGACAUCCAGCCUCUUCCUCUUUCCAGCUCCACAGAAGUAGGGCAAAGUAACACAAAAGCCCCACAGGACCUCACUGGACAACAAGCCCGAGGCAACAUUUAUACCGGGAGACGGGGAAGAAAGUUUUGUUUGACUUGCAACGCCCUUGUAAACAAUCCGGAAGCUUGUUUUGGUCGUCGGAGGUUUCCAUGCUUUUGUGGAAAACCCUAAACUCGGAUCCCGUCGGUUUGGCUGCUAUCUGUUGCGCGCGCGUAUAUGUGUGUGUGUGUGUGUGUGUGUGCCUCCCGGUCAGGUGACUGAGGUGUGUCUAAUCACUAGAGCCUGUGGAGAUGCUUUGUUCUAUUCUACCUGUUGGUUAACUGAAAGAUGAUCUCCGGCUCAGCGGUCAACUGCGUCCUGUACUGAACUAGGACUCGGACUCUGCUCGGGGAAACAUGAUCAAACAACACGCGAGGCGUCUUUUAUCUUUAUAAGAAGCAAUUUCGGCUUUAUCUUUAUGGUAAAACGAGCUUUUGGUGCGUAAGUUCACAAGAAAAGAAUCCCCGGGUCUCACUUUACCAUGGAAACCCUUUACCUCGAUCGCAAAAGGAGUUUUUUCUAGUAGUGAACAAACUCUACGAAGAGUUCUUAUACUUUUCUGGGGUCGCAGUGACACUUAAUAGCAAGGAGAAGAAAUAAGAGUCCGUUUUAAUUCGGUUCGCGUGCGGAAACGCUAUGGCUCUCUCUCAGGUUCAGUGUCUGGAUGACAAUCAUGUGAACUGGCGUCUGAAUGAAUCCAAACCGGAGUUUUUUUACAGCGAGGAUCAGAGGCUCGCGCUCGAAGCGCUUAUUACGAAAGGACGCGACGCGUUUGACGCCUACGUGAAAGAGCGCGAGCUGCGGUCUUUUCUGUCGGAACCCGAACUGGAGCGGUUGCGUCGGAGCAUAGAAGAUUAUAAACCCGGCUCCGAGCAUCAAAAACCAGACGGUACUACAGAGGGAGAGGACGGCGCGGUUUCAUUGCAGUAUUGGCCGGACCGCUCCGAUAUCUCCAUACCCAAUCUGGACCUCGGAUGGCCAGACUGCAAUUCUUACCGCGGGGUGACGCGCGUCAAUGUGUACACACAACCGCCCGUGGACGGACAGACGACGCAUAUAAAAGAGGUUGUGAGAAAGGCCAUCGCGCAAGCACAGAAGAUGAUUGCUGUGGUGAUGGAUGUUUUCACAGACGUUGACAUUUUCAAGGAUUUAAUAGAGGCUGGUUUUAAAAAGAAAGUAGCUAUAUACAUUAUUAUAGAUAUUGCAGCUAUACAGCACUUCCUAUUUAUGUGUGAGAGAGCCAAUAUGCACAGAGGACACCUCAAUCAUCUUCGCGUGCGAUGCAUUGGUGGUGCCGAAUUCUUUUCACGCUCAGCUCAGAAGUUGUGUGGCUCGUUGAAUCAGAAAUUCAUGUUUGUGGAUGGAGACCGUGCUGUGUCCGGAUCAUACAGUUUUACAUGGACAGCUUCUCGUUUGGAUCGCAACAUCAUUACAGUCCUGACCGGACAGGCUGUUGAAACUUUUGACAAGCAGUUUCGUGAACUAUACCUGAACUCUCGUGGGGUCAAUCUAACCAAGAUCCCAUUAGCGGACCCCCCAGAGCCUGACCCUGCUCCAAUCACUGUUCCUCCUCCUGUUCCAGUAUCUGUUGCAAGAAAAUUAAUUAACCCCAAAUAUGCAUUACUUAAUAUAGAUUCAGCAAGCAAAGCCUCUUCAGACAAGGCUAGUGCCAAGAACAGUAACUCCAAAAAUCCAAUGGUCCAGAUUCCCAAGCCUCAACGGGAGUUGAUAGAAGUACCGCAAAAGCACCCAGGACUUGUAGGUCUGCCAAAGGCAGAUCUCAUUCCCUACUUGCCCAUCUGGCCCGAACCAGACCCACCCAGUGAUGUUAUUGGGUUUAUUAAUAUCCGUGACACAAGCAAGCCAACGCAGGUACAUUUAAUGCGCUCACAAAUGUUCGAAACAUCUCAAGCGAUCCGUUUUAAAGACCCUUUCACUGCCCCGCCUGAGGAACCGUUACCAGAUAAGGCAAGUCCUCGUUCUAAAACAACACAAUUGCCUAAAACAGAUACUGUAGAUGCAAAUGUGCAAUCGAGCACCAAAACUCAGCCAGAAACUGAGUCUAGCGUUGCCCAUCAAGAUGCCACAGUGAAUGCAUCCCAUUCGCCAAGCUUGCCGAUCCAGCAAGAAGAACCCAAACCCAACCCUCCUCCACAAGAGCAGCAGUCCAAUCCUGAACCAGCAGAAGUCAAACAGACUUUAGAUCUGCCCGUGCCCAAGCCACGCACUCUUCAGUUGGUGGUUAAUAGACCCGAGGGCUCUGGAGAUGCAGAGGUCACUUUAGUCAGAAGGGACGAAAACCAGACAAAGGAGGCAAACACGGACACUCGCGACAAUGAUGCCGACAGCACCGCUGUCACCUGUGCACAUUCAUUAAAGGAUAAAGAUGAGAAUUCCACAACGUCGGAUGAAUACUACGAAUGUACUGACUCUGACAGUAGUGACAAACUCCCUAACGGAAGGUUAACGGGAUCCGGUCGUGUUAGAGACCACAGCACUGAUGCGCUUAACGUGAUGGCCCGUUUCUCUCAAUCCAUGCUGGACUUGCGAUCGGAUGAUGUCGAACAAAACACUGCUGAGAAAAAUCUGCUGAACAGGGAUAAAGCAAAGCUUUACCACAUGGGUUCCAGGUCACCCGUUCGAGACAAUUAUGGCCGGGCCAAAGUGGUGAUUGCUAAACCUGGAGUUUUCCAUAGACCUCCCAAAAGCAGCGGCCAUGUGAUCGGGGGCCACAGGUACUGGCAGGGGAAGGCGUAUCCUGACCUCCCCUCAAAUGGAUCAGGCCAGCAAAAUCUAAACCGCUCCGGACGGUCCCCUCGAAGACAAAGCCCUGCCUAUACGAUAGAAGGACUGCGAACCGGCCAAACACCUGCUCAGCGGCUCAUGCACUCUCAAUCAGUUUCUCCAGCUCAUCGGGCUCCUCAGACAAAGUCUCCGUCUCCUCGUAGACGGGUUGAGACUCGUAUGCCAUUAGGAAUCUCUUUAUCUAAACUCGCCAGCUACAAACACCACAGGGGGAAGGUUCCAUUGAACGCAUCUGGUUUUGCUUUGGGGGAUAAAUUGUUAACACAGAGGCACAAUGAAAAUUAACCGAUUUAUGGUGGCUUUCUAUCAGAAAAUGAACAACUUUGUAUCGAGUACAAAGGCAUGAAUGUGCAAUCAUGUAGCCAUUUCAACUGGAUCUUUAAACUGGACCGUCGCAGGCAAAACUUGUUACCCUCUAUUGACGUGCCUUUAUUGAGUAAUGUGGACUAGUGCAGGAAUUUGGUGGUGGAUUUGUGACCAUGGUGAUGGCGAUUUCACAUUCAUCCCUGUUGUUGACUAAUUAUUGUCUCAGCUUGUGGGAAAAGGACACUGAAAAGGUUAAGGUACAGUACAAACUGACAGUUUAUUUUAAAGUCUGCAUUUGUCCAUUGUUUUAUGUAAGACUGUCGCAAGGCCUGUUCACGCUGAGACGAAUGUUUGUUGUGAUUGAACAUGAUUAUUUAAAUCGCUUCAGACUGAUAUAAACAUUUGCAUGCUGUCAGUAUGACAGGUUCUUCCUUUAUGGAGAGGCGUUCUAAUCUUUUGGUCAGAGGUGCUGCUGUUACAUAGAAUUAGUACUUUGUGGUACUAUACAACAGAUGGAAACAGUGGGGGGAAAAAGCUGGGUAUUUUAGUUUUUUUUUUUUGUGAAUUUGUAUUUUGGUUCAGGUUUUCAGAAAACAUCAGAGCAGACUUUUGUGCUGAUUAUUGUUGGUGUGAACCGGUCUUCAGAACUGGCAUUUGAGUUGGAGUCGAGACCCUCCAAGAUCCAGACCAAGAUCCCUCAGACCUGAAGAUGAACUCAAACCAAGACCUGUAUUUUAACAAACUAAAACUUACUCAGAAAACUGAUCUGAUUUAUUGCAGCACUGAGCCACUUUGUGCAGUGUUGAAUUGACUGUGGUCAUGACUGAGACCUUUUGCCAAGAUCCAGACCAAGUUUUGAGCCCCUAACCAGAAGACCGAGACCAAUCCCACAUUUAUUGGGUUUUGAGGGGACUCCAACUCAGACAGUAUUUCCAGGAAUUUAAUAAUGUGCUCUUUUGGUAAUAUUGGUAAUGUAGUUUUUUUUUAAUUGUUAUUUUUUUAAGAUGCAAUGUGCACUGUACAUUAUAGAAGGAAAGUGUUACAAUUUUAGAUAUUGCAAAUACAGUCUUCUAUAAUUUUCCACUCUUUUUUGAUGCAAGUCUGCACAAAACAGUUUUCACAGUUUCUGUGAGAAUAUACUUGAAUCAUUUGGAGAUUUUAGUGACCCAGGAUUCAUUUUAUAUAUAUAUAUAUAUAUAUAUAUAUAUAUAUAUAUAUAUAUAUAUAUAUAUAUAUAUAUAUAUAUAAAUCCUCUUAGCCUCAUUAUCAUUUGCAUAAAAUUGCAAGGGUCUACCAUGAAUUGUCUAAUCGUGGAAGAUAUUUUUCCACGGUAGAUUGUUUUCCUCUAAGGCCUUUACAUCUGUCUCUAAAACUGCAGUCUUUGCAGUGUGAUAUGUUAAAUAUCUUCUAGCAGAAUGCAACUCAUAAUGCAAAAUACAUUUGCAACACUGUCCUUUAUGCAAAUUCGUUUUUACAUUGUGAUGUGAGAAGCAGCGUAGC